AAUUACUUAAAAAGUAGAAGUACACACAAAAAAAGCUACUUAAUUUUAUUAACGCGAGUAAAUGUAAUUUGUUACUUUCCAUCUCUGUUGCCACGAAAGGGUGUUUUCAGCAACAACGGACCUAAAUGUUAGGAGCAAUUUCCAGCCCAAUAUAUUCAUAACCACUGUUUCUCUCUGUGUGUAGCGUGCUUGUGUAGGUGUUCCUCUUAGUGUGUGGGAGUCCAGUGCUCCUGCACUACUGGAUCUUCUAAAGGAGAGAGAGGAAAGGAUUCUGGGUUUGGAGGCUGAUAUGACACGCUGGGAACAGAAGUAUUUAGAAGAGAGUGCAAUGAGACAGUUCGCCAUGGAGGCCGCAGCUACAGCCGCAGCACAGAGAGAUACAACUAUAAUCCAGCAUUCUCGCAGUGGCAGUUACAGCGACAGCUCACUGUGGCUGCAUGAGGAUGAGAACAGAAUCCAGAGCAGUCGUCAUUGUCAGGAAAUGGAACAAAGGAUGAAGGACUUGCAUGGUAAGUUGAUGGAGAAAGAUGCCAUGAUUAAAGUCCUACAGCAGCGUUCCCGCCGAGAUCCCACUCCUCUACGUCCUGCCAGCUCUGUGCCCUCCAUUCCCAUAGCAACUGGACUACACACACGUCACUCAUCACAGACCGAUCACAGAUACCAGCACAGCUGGAAAGAUGUUCUCCUGGGAAAACACCAAGUAGAGCACAUCCUUCCCUCUCAGCCCUCUCUUUUGGUCUCUGUCUCUUCAUCUCUCCCUGCCUCCUCUCCUUCCUCUCUUCCUCCAUCAUUCUCCUCCUCUCUACCUUCCUCUUUUCUUCCCUUCUUGGCCCCCACACGUUCAAACACAUCAUUAAUAACCUCAUCGUCCAGUGUUCCCCAUUCCAGCACUUCCUCUCUCCCUCCCUCUUUUUCUUCCACAUUACCCUCGCCCUCAUCUGGCUCUCUUCAGCCUCCUUUAUCAUUCCCUCUCCCCUCCACUCCUCUCUUGUCUCUUCAUUCUAAAUCUGCCAGCAGAGACAGCAGCAGUCAAACAGGACUUAGUCCAAAGACAUUUAGUGCUGCAUCCUCCAAAAUACAAGAAAAUACAGAAUCUCCAUCCAGCCAGGCUAAAGGCCAAGAAGUUCGAGGACAGAAGAUGCCCCUACCUGACCUAGAUCUGGUGGAGAUCCUUAUCUGAAAGAACAAUCCUGGAAGUAGCAUUCUUACAGAUAGAACAGUGCUUAAGAAAGAGUGAGGGAGUGAAAAACAAAAUAUGAGUAAUGGAUCACAUACAACAGACAGACAGAAAGGAGAGAUUACAGAAAGGAACGAAGGAAUGCAGUGCAAAGUAAAAGCUAGAAUUCAGUAUUGUGCCUCCAAAAUACUGAAUUGGAUAAUUGAUUCUAAUUUUAUUUCUGUCCAUUUUGGACCCUGAAACAAACAAUGACUAUGAUAUUUGACCUGGCCUAUGCAUGUAUAAUGUCUUAAAUUGCAUUAUGUCAGAUUAUCAGCUGCCUCAUAAGUGCGUUCCACAAAGCUGUAUACAAAUUAGUUAAUAUUUGUGUGAAUCUACAAGAAAAAAAGAAAAAAAAAAGAAAAAAAAAUGUUGUUCUGAAUUGUUAUAUGUAGACCUAAAUUAUUGAAUGCUGUUUAACUUUGUUGGUCUUAUGGCAAACUUGCUGUAAAUAAACUUGUUAAUUAAUUUUACAGCAA